CUCUUUCUUUCUCUCUCUUGUUUUAGUUAAUUGGUUCACUCUCACUCUUAGGGUUUCAAAAUUUGAAAACGAAAAGGGUUUUCACGGAGCGAUCAUGCCAGCAACUAGGGUUUUCGGUGCUGUCGCCGGUAGAGCUUUCAUGGAGGCGGCGGCGAAGAGCGCAGCGAAGAAAACUGCGGCGUCCCGCGUUGCCGCCGCAAAAACCACUGUGAAGAAGACAUUGUCCAACCGAAGCAUCAACUCCGGCAUACAGAAGGUGGUUCCAGUGUCUUCCCAGCUCGGCAACUUCCUCGGCGCUUCUCAAGUUUCGCGAACCGACGCCGUUAAAAGAGUGUGGGAAUACAUCAAGCUGCAAAAUCUUCAGAAUCCUUCAAAUAAGAAGGAGAUAUUUUGUGAUGAAAAGCUGAAGACCAUUUUUGAUGGGAAAGAUAAGGUUGGGUUCACAGAGAUUGCUAGAUUGCUGUCUACCCAUUUUGCGAAAUCUGGUUGAUUUUCUGCAUUGGUGGACUAUUAAUGAUGGUAACUUGUUCUAGUACAUUAAGUAGGGGUCUUUGUAUUUUAAAGUACGUGGUUUGUGAUCGGAAAUUUGUGAUAUCAAACUUUGGGUGGGGAGGGGGUGGGUUUGAAAGUGGUGUUAUUUUGUCUCACCGUCUGCUUUCAUGUUGUUAGGGAUGUUCACAUUUCCCAGUCAUGUGUGUUCAUCGCCAUAGACAUUGGAAUCUUAUGAAUUGCAAUUCACAUCGCAUGAUUCAAUCUGAUUUUGACUAAGUAAUGAUUU